GAACUCUCUCAAUAAAUGAUUUCUAAGAUAGGGUUUCCAAAGCUUUAUCCUCGAUCAAAGUCAUGGCUACAACACAAAUAUUUUACAUCGUUUCUUCACAUAGGAACAAGAGCCUUUGCAAAUGCACCGGCUCAAGAACAAGCGAUUUCGACUGCUUUCAAAGUUCAAGAUCCAAAAGAUUUCAACGAUCGCGUUAAAAACUCCAAAGUGCCUGUGAUCGUUGAUUUUUUCGCAACAUGGUGCAAUCCAUGUCGUAUGCUCACUCCUCGUAUAGAAUCGGUAAUCGCAGAGAAACAAGGAAAAGUUUUACUGGCAAAGGUUGAUAUCGACGAGAAUAGCGAUCUUGCCUUAGAUUACGAGGUUGGCUCUGUUCCAGUCCUGAUCGCAAUGAAGGAUGGAAAAGUUUUAGACAGAAUUGUUGGUCUCCAGGAUGUAGAUAAACUUAAACAAUUUGUAGAUAAGUAUUCAGAAUAAUGUAAUCUAGUUUAACUGUAAUUUUGUUGGAGUAACCUUAUGGUUACUAAAGUACUUGUAUAAUAUUGUAUGGUAAUAAGUGUAUAAUACAGUAUAACUUUUUAUUUA